AUGCACUCACAAAACUGUGUAGAUUUCUGUUAUCGUUAUUAUUGACUUCUUUUACUAAGCAAUUGUGGUAAUAUAUAUCGUAUGUUUGGUUCGUUGUAUGAAAAAAAAUCGUCAACAGAUCUACGGGUAGAACCAGUACUUGGUGUACAAGUAUUUGGGGGAAUCUCAAGAACACUCCCCCAGUUAGGAUCGAGCCCGUGACGAUACGGUCGCUAGGCGGACACCACGUCGUCGUCCACCAGGCAAUGACAACCUUGACACUUCGGAAGUUAACGCUUCGGGGCCUUUACUACUGUAGCCUGCAUGACAAUGUCUGGCAGCCAGUGUUGUGGGAGUGUGAGACGGGAGCUGCAGAGAAAGUACUUUGGUUUUACAGAGGCCCAUCCAGCCCGCUUCUGCUUUUGGCAGUGGAGAGUUCCUCCCCUUGCAAUACUCUUGUACCGUUUCUGUGUGGCGGCCUACACAAUGUUCUGGGUGAUUUACACAUCGAGAAAUACUCCAGACACGAAGAUCCAAGAACAUUCCAUCUCCAUUAUGGCGUUUCUGACCACGUGGACGUACAUUGUACUCACCGUUUAUCUCGUUCUUCACUUCAUUAUCACCUGCGUUCAUUUCCUGAAAUCUGAGCUUGGCCUCUUGCGACGGCUGACGAGUGAGAACCAUCGCCGGUUGUUCCACGAGCUCCAGGUUCAGCCGAGUCUGUGGGGGAACCAGGAAUACGAGUAUGUGCCGGGAACCGCAGAUGGCACGGAUGUCGAGCUGGUCAUCACAUACUCCCCCAACCUGUUGUCGAAAAUCGUUUGGAUUUUAUACAACAUAGCGUCGUCUGCAUCAAUUAUGGUAACGAUCCUGUUUUGGGCAUUGCUGUUCCCGUAUUUACCAAAGGAGGGCGACAAGUACUUGCUUUUCAACAUUCAACUGCACGCAGUCACGUCCGUGAUCGUGAUCCUGGAGCACAGCCUCUCUGCCAUACCAAUCAGACUACAACACGCCAUCUUCACGCUGAUCUACGGCCUGUGUUACUUGACCUUUGCCGGUAUCAUGUAUGCCGUCCAUCACAGUAACAUCUUUUACCCUGGAGUCUUGGACUUCAGUCAGCCCAGUCGCACGGCAGUGAUGUGCGUAGUGGUCGUCUUUGUGGUGUUGCCCCUGAUUCAGCUCUUCUUGUUUGGCAUUUACAAGUUCCGUAUGUGGCUAUUUGAUACCUGCAACCCAGAGGAGUUGUAAUGGUUUUCCAAAGUUAUUGCCCUUUGUUCAUGUGUUAAUGUGGUUUCAAUGUCUUUUUUUCCUGUGAGAUUAUUAUAUAUAAGUAAAAUGGGUAUGAAAAGUGCUAUUACUAACAUGUUUAAAUUUCUUUAAGGAGGUAUUGUAGCAGUUGUACAGAGGUAACCAGUAGAUAAUAUUAUGAGAAAUUAAUGAAUUUGUGUUGCUUGUACAUUUAAUACACAGAGGAAAAAUUGCCUCUGCUCUUUUUCUAUAUUAACAAAGUUAUUGACAUUUGUUUAUGUUAUUGUGCACUCUAUAAUUCCUUCAAGGGGUUUGCAAAAUUUGCAAAAAAAUUACUUGCCCUCAUUGUUUCAGUAAAAAAUUGUUGUUCUAAAGCUAUUGUGCCCCAUUUUGAAAAUUACAGUCAAUCUUGUGGAUGCGACCACUUGUAUAAAGCGACCUUUGUCUUAUGCGACCAUUUUGAAAUCCCACGGAGCUUCUUAGCUAUAUAAUGAUAUUGUAUUAAGCGACUUUUGUCUUACGCGACCAACGACCGCUGAUUUUUAACCAGGUUUUCCGAAGGAAUAAACUGGUUAUUAGAUUGGCGAAUGCGGGCGGGCUGGCUGGCUGUCUGGCGGGCGGGCGGAACGAGCUUGUCCGGGCCAUAACUAUGUCAUUCUUUGUCAGAUUUUAAAAUCAUUUGUUCACCAUCAUUGGACGGUGUGUCGCGCGAAAUAAUUACGUCGAUAUCUCCAAGGUCAAGGUCACACUUUGAGUUCAAAGGUCAAAAAUGGCCAUAAAUGAGCUUGUCCUGGCCAUAACUAUGUCAUUCAUUGUGAGAUUUUAAAAUCAUUUGGCACAUUUGUUCACCAUCAUGGGACGGUGUUUCGCACGAAAGAAUCACGUCAAUAUCUCCAAUGUCAAGGUCGCCACGACAAAAAAUUUUUUUUAAAAACAAACUUACAAAGGGGGUUAAUUUUGUUUGUUCAUUUCAAAAGUUCAGUUUGAGUUUUCUCCCUUUAUCAGAUUUUUUUUUCACAAUGAAAACCUGGUUUUGUGACAAUUUUGUCCCUUGUUGUGUAUUUUGAUGUCCGAAUCUUGAAUUUAGCGACCACUAGGAGGUAAAAGUGGUUAAUCUAUUGAUCUUUCAGGGACAAAUCCGUGUUAAUUAUUUAUCUAAGCCGAUAAGAUGUACUGUUACACCUCUGCUUUGUUUUCACACCAACCAUUAUGAUUAUGCUUUAUCUCGUUGACCGGUUCUGACCGGUAUUGUUGUAGACUGCGUAUCAAUUUAUUGAGUUGAAUAAUAGAGGAACGUAGUACACACAGUCUACAGCUUAGUUUACUAUGUGGAACGUUAAGAGACAACGCCGAUUUUUCUCGAGUAUAGAUAACAGGUGCAGAAACAAUGCACUGUACGCGACAAACAUUUCCUGAGAAGUGCGGAAAAUAAACUAUUAAUCAGCAACAUCUGUCGAAAUCCGAACAUUACCAAUUUGUAAUUAUGCUAAUAAGUAGAUAUUUGUUAGCCAAUCACAUUGUUAUUUACUUUAUAAAUUUUCCAAUCAGGUCUGUUUGUUUGUUUUCAAUUGACGUGUUUUAAUUUUUUCAGUAUCAUUAUCGAGUCAGAUUUCCUUAAGCGUACAUGCAGAAAUUAAAAUGUCAAAACGAAAAGUGUUAACGUUGAACGAGAAAAUUCGGGUUUUGGACGUAAAAUUGCAGAUGAGUUUGGAGUCGGUAAAACUCAAAUUCAGAACAUUCUUAAGCGUAAAGCCGAGGUGCUUGAAGACGUGGAAAAAAUGUGUCAGGUGAAAAAAAAAAACGCGAAAAAUAUUUCCUUGUCUAUGUUGUUUUUGCAAAUAAAUAUGUACACACAAUUCAUUUAUAGUAAAUGAUAAUUUAUAAUAAGUGAAAAAAUAAAACACAUUUAAGUAAAAUAUUGUUUAUAUAUUGUGUUUAUAUUCAUUUUAUUAUUAAUGUUAAAAUCAUUGUUGACAAAAGAGAUUAUCCUUCAUAUAGAUUAAAAUUGAGAGUAAGCAUUCUUCCAGAAUGGCCUUUUUUAUUUAAAGACCAUUUUAUUAAGAGACCACUUUUGAUUACUCCCUUGAGUGGUCUCUUAAUACAAGAUUGACUGUAUUUAAAACUGAGAUUUCUUUACAAAUAUCAAAUUGUGGCUUGGUAAUGUCUGGAUAGGUAUAAACAUAUACUCCUUUAUUGGGGGUAAAAAAAGGAUCAUUUCAUUUUGGAAAUUUCCAUAUACAUUUUUUUCCGUUUUUUUUUUAACUUAUCAAAGAUCUACAGAGAAAAUCAAGGGUAAGUAAGGAUUGCAAAAAGUUACAACUCUUUUUCUAUUCAAUGUUUUUGGAGUUAUUGUCCAUGGCUUUUUAGCUCACCUGAGCACAACGUGUGAACCAAAUGACCCAAAGCCCUUUGUAUUAGUUUGUAUUAUUAUUGCUCUUUAUUGCCCUUUGUUUAGUUAUUUGUGAAAAGCAUACACUAUUAAUAUUAGUAUUAAUUGUGUGAAAUGAAAAUUCAUCUAACAAUAGCCUAAAUUAUGAUUUCCGUUUUUCAAUACAUAAAGAAAACUUUUUUUCUUCUCCCUAUUUCUCCUACAUUAAAUGUCAAUAUAACCCUUUUGGGUCUAAACAGUUUUUCAGAGCAUUUAGCACUUAACAAGGACAGCACCUGUUUUACAAUGUUUUAUUCUGUAAUACUAAGCGUAGAAAAGUUUGAUUGGUAGCAUACAUAUGGUCCGUGCUAUGUGAAAAGGGGGUUUAAUGCAUGUGGCUGUGCGUAAAGUUUUGCCUCAUAUUUGCAUAUGUAGUCUGCACAGGUUUAUCAGGAACCACACUUCCCCCAUUUGUGAUAUUUUUCUUGUAAAAAUAGUAUUUUGGCAAAAAUCAAGUUUAGACGGAAAGUGUCCUCCCUGACUGCACAUUAGACGGAAAGUGUCCUCCCUGACUGCACAGGCUAAUCUGUGUCAAUACUUUGGGAAAUUGCGCACGUGCAUAUGACCCCCUUUUCACAGAAUGUGUCUCAUAUAAUUAGUUUGUCUGAUGUUGAUGUCUCCAGUCUUCAAAUCAGAAUAUGGAAUCUUGUUUUUUGCAAUAACCCGGUGUAUUAUUUGUGUGUUCUAUUUUAUAAAAUUAUAUAUAUCUUUUAUGUUAGGUUAUAAAUAUAAUUUUGUCUGAAAGUCAAACAUGUACUGUACUUGCCUUUUUUUGCUCACCGGAGAAAACUUCCUCAUGGUGUGCUUCUAUGAUCAGCUUUUGUCUGUUGUUCGUUGUCCACAUGUACCUUGUGAACUCUCUAAAUGCCACAUUUAUUGCUCAAUCUUCAUAAACUUUGUCAACACAUUUGUUUUAAUUAUGUCUUAACUGAGUUGGAAAGUGAGUUACAUAAGGUCACUUUUUUUUUAAAAAUUUUUCCCAAUCAUAAAACUUGUUCAGGACUUUUGUUUCGAUUAUGUAAGCGCCGAUUUCAAAAAUUGUAAUCGAUCAUUGAAAAACAUGGGCGACAAGGAAAAGGGAAAGAUUUUCUUUAGUUAAACCAUGUGAACACUUGUCAAGUCAUAUUUUUUGUCCAAUCUUCAUGAAACUUGCAUAGAAAAUUUGUCUCGUGAUAUCUCAGUUAAGUUUGAAAUUGGUUGUGGCGGAUUGAAAAUCAUUGCCACCAGGCGACAGGGAAGUUUUCCUUAUUUUGCUAUAGGGUUUUCCCCCAAAGACACCUAGUACUGGUUCUACCCAGAAAAAAGACUCAAUAGUAUCUCAUUAAACAAUAUUAUGCAUCGAGCUAAAAUGAUUGAAACUGGUUUCAUCAUAACUAAAAAAAUCAUGUUUUGUUUUUUACACCAUAUAUUAAUUUCACAUAAACAAGUACAUGUAUGGUAAUAUUUCAAUUUAUGUAAUUUAGUUUUUACACCUAACAUAGCAACAUUUGUUUACACAUACCCAAUAACUACCGUAGGUAAUUUAAUAGAAAACUAUACACAUAUUUAUUUUCAUUUAUGACUGUAUGAAUAAUAUUUCAUUGAACACUACUCAUUGUAAUUAUCAUUUCAUAUUUAAAUAGAAUUGUAAGAUGACUAUAUAUUGUAUCAUGUAAACUUGCAUGAAAAAACUUGUUCUUAUACAACAAAUCUCAAAGUAUAAACAGAUCUGGUUGUUAUGUAUGACAGACACUGCGCUUUGGGAUCAGGAUAUAUUUGUAAGGUUAGAGCGAUGUUUAUGAA